AUGGCAACCAGCUCCAAGGCUGAGAUCGAGAGCGAGAAGGCUGAGAAGGCUGAGAAAGCCAAGACAAGGAUCCGCCUUGUUGAGUGUGGGGCACUCGGAGCAAGUUCCCGUCCUGCUGGCCGAGCUGGCACGCAUGUGCAGUGGGCUUCAACGCCCACAGGGCAGUGGGUGCGUGUCUUCUCAACUACAGCCAUCGCCCCUAACCGGCAACGAGACAAGUCGCGGGUAGAGAACAGCUUGGGUCUGGCAGAGUUUGGAGAUGCUUGGACAGAAUUUUACAGCACGACUUCUGGACUGCCGAUUGGACGGGGCUAUGACCGUGUCGUUUAUGGUGAUCAUGGCCCCUAUGUUGAGUUUUCAGCGCAUCAGCUUUGCUGGUCGACUUUCCCGGCUUUUGUCGAGAAGCCAGAAAUGAGUUUCUUUGAUGAGUACUACACUGCUGAUGGCUUAACUAUGCUAUAUGCGCAGAAGCGGACAGUCGUCAACAAGCCAAACCCUCCCAAUGGACCUUGGUCUGCACAGAACAACAGGCCGGAAGGGUAUGCGAACUACUUGAUAGGCAAGUUCUACUUGGCCUGUGAGCCUGACGUCAUCACCGUGAAUCGGCCCAGCACUAGGCCCAGACGCAAGAAGAAGGGCAAGGGAAUGGCUUCAGAGGCCGAAGGCGAAUGUCCGGAAGAGGUGGUCGAGGAUGCAACCGAGAUCUGGUCGGACGAUCAUGUCUUGUGGCAGCCAGAAGACUGGCACUGGCAAAAGGAAGACUGGCAGAGCUGGAACCCCGAGGAAGGCACAUGGACGGAAGAUUGGUGCCACAGCGUCGAGCAGGCUUGGCAGUACCCCCCGGAAGACACUGCAGCAACCUAUGGCCCUUAUGUCUUCGCUGAAGAAAGCACCAGCACGUCUGCAGCUUGGUUUCAGCCGCCAGAAGCCAUGUCGCUCAUGAAGCGUGGCGGGUUUUUGUUCCUCCUGAUUUUGCUUAUCGUGAUCACCGUUGCCGCAACAACGACGAAGUAUUGGACCCACUGGCUUUCCAUCACAGUCAUGGUGGGUGCGAUGCUCGUUGUGGACGUCAUGUUCUUGGAUGACAGUUCCAGUAUUGCAGCACUUCCAGAUGUCAUGUGCGAUGUCCUCGGGCCGCCCUCCUUCGUGUGCCCUUUCCAGCGGUACCAUGUGUACAGGAGCAGGAAUGCCGUUUUCGUUUUCGGCAUUGACAAGGUUCGAAAGGAGUACAGCUGCUUGGAGAUCCCGAAGCAGGAGGAUGCCCACCCGACGCUGGAGCUUCGAGGAGGAGAAGAGCGCCAUGAACUUGCAGGUUUAGAUGCCCGGCUUCGAGACAUGAGGCGCGAGCACGGACUGGAGGAGGUCGCCUUAAAGGCUUCUGGGCUGGUUGGAUUUAUCAGAUUUCUUUGCGGGCACUACCUCAUCUUGAUCAAGACGCACAAGAAGGUUGGAAAAAUCGGUCAUCAUCACGUCCUUUCGAUUGAGUCGACAGCCUUGGUGCCACUCUUCGGAGACACAAACAAAAGGGAAGAGAAGAACUUCAAGGACCAGCUGAACAACCUGAACCUGUCCAAGGCAAGUGCGUAUUAUGCACCCACUGCGCAACCACGCAGAAAUCGGCGGCCUGAAUCUGCUCACGUUUCCCUGCCUUCACCAACACCGCCGGCCACGCGCCUAUGUGCUGGCACAGGGCCGUUGCCAAACGCCGAGGGGCUGACUCAAACGAAUCUUGCAGCAAAUUAUGCAGCAACUGCCGCAACAGCAACUGCCGCCCUCUCGGAGACUCCGAGACUGGACAGAGAAGCCGCGACUCACAAGCAGGUUUCGCGGCCCUGGAGGGAGAGCCCUCCGCAGGCUCUGAAUUCGAACUCGGGAUGGAAGAGUGUGAAAGGUGCCUUGCUCGCCUUGCAGAACGACAAGAUUUCGGAUCUCGUGAAGCAGCGGUCCCAGGUCACCCGACAGGUUCGAGAUCGGAUUCAAGCCUUUGACAAGCGAGUGGCUAUUCUGUCGAGUGGCGGCAGAAAAGUAGCUGCCAACGAGUCUGCGGAGAAUAAUUCUGCUGGAGAUGCAGGCCAGAAGAGUGUGGAGAGUGACUUCGGCAGGUUCGAGUCCAGAUGGUUUGCAGACGACGACAACGAGGCUGACGAGUUGGAAGGGAUUCCCGGGAUGCCCUUCAAGGUGACCGGAUGGUCGUCUCAGCGAGGAAAUUUCCCUGCAUUCAAUCUUCUUGGGACGUCCAGCUGCUGGCAAAGUGAGAUUGGCAAGACGAAGGACCAGCAUCUAAGCUUCGAAGUGGAAGACAUCCCUGCACCAGUCGUCGCCAUACAGAUGGAGGUUGUCACCAAGGAAGUGACACCAAAGAGGUGCAGGAUGAUGUUCUCCACAAAUUCAGCGACUGGUCCCUGGCAAACUGCAUGGACAUUUACUGUGCCAGAGAAUGUGGCCGAGAAGGGCUCGACAAUCUUCUAUAAGGCGAAGGAGGACAUGAAAGAAAAUGCCGAGUCUGCACCAUGGUGGCGCCUCGUGAUCCUUGACAACUAUGGCUCCCAGGCAUGUGUGGCCAUUGCGGCACCCCUCAAGUUGCUGGUCUCAGCGAGAGGCGAGCACAUGCGAAUGAAGCAAAUCAAGCGGAACACAAUCACCUUUCUGGAAGACUCCUUCUUCGCGCAGAAGCACCUGAUGAGCAACUUGACAGCGGAGGAGCGAUUUGACAGGCGGUUGGCAACGAAGUACAACAUUGAGCCAACGUUCAUUCAGAAAGCCCACCAGCAUUUCGACACAACGGAGAAUAGGAAGACAGGUCUUUGGACAAAGAAGGAUUUCAGUCACUGGCUGCUUGAGUUCCUUCCACUGAAGGAACGAUCCAAACUUGCUCCUGAACGGAUGACGUUCUAUUGGAACAGAUUGGACAAGGACGAGCACCACUGCGUUGACUUCGAAGAGUUCGUGAUCUUCUUGCAAGCCCUGACUUCCACUGCUGCCAAAUACUCCAAAAGUAUCCCCGAGUUUCUUUUCCCGGACCUGGUCAAGCAGGCAGAAGGAUUUGACAAUCUUGACGAGGAAGGCUCAAAGGGCGCUCUGCUGACGCCCUCGGCCAGCAACAACCAGGAGAGCAAGUCGAGGGCGAGGCAGUCAGUCCUCGGCUCCGAGGAUUUCUACUUCUCCUAUUCUUACGAGCUCAGCCGCACUGUUCAGCAGAAUCUGGCGGAUGCCAAGUGUGCUGCACGAGGGCAGCUCAGACCACUCUAUGUGGAGAAGGAUGCUUCAAAGCACCACAGAUUUGUGUGGAACCACUACCACAUGACGCCUUUCUUCGCCAACGAAGGCUGGCAGCACUGGUGCCUUUCGAUAAUCCAUGGCUUCUUCGCGCAUACGAAGUGCUCUUCUUUCGGCUGGACAUUUGAGGUUGCACUUAUUGCCAGGCGCUCGCGAUUCUAUGCAGGGACCCGCUAUCGAAAGCGCGGGCUCAACGUGGAUGGCCAGGUUGGGAACGAUGUGGAAACCGAGCAGCUGCUCUGCGACGACUCUUUGCGCCAUUUGUCGACUGGCCAUGUGAUGAGCUUCGUCCAGAUCCGCGGGAGCGUGCCGCUGUUCUGGUCACAAGAAGCUACAGCCAUCAAUCCAAAGCCACCGGUGUGGUUCUUAGAAUCUUGA